AUGAGCGCGAUCCACUCGCUCGACACGCACCCGCAGUACCGCGGCUUCAAGGGCGUGUACUACAACCCGGUCGUGCAGGUGUUCUUCCUGGGCUUCGUGUGCUUCAUGGGCCCCGGCCUGUUCAACGCGCUCACGGGGCUGGGCGGCGGGGGGCAGCUGGACUCGACGACGAACUCGAACGCGAACUCGGCGCUGUACGCGACGUUUGCGGUCGCCGCCUUCUUCGCCGGAUCGAUCAACAACGUCCUGGGCUCGCGCCUCACGCUCCUCCUCGGCUCGACCGGAUACGCCCUCUACAUCGGCUCCUACUUGGCAUACAACAUCCACCGCGACGCAGGCGGGUUUGUCAUCGGCGCGGGCGUGGUCCUCGGCAUCUGCGCAGGGCUCCUCUGGACCGCCCAGGGCUCCCUCAUGCUCGCGUACCCGACCGAGGGCCAGAAGGGCAUGUUCAUCGGCAUCUUCUGGUCCAUCUUCAACCUCGGCGGCGUCGUCGGUGCGGCCGUCUCCCUUGGGAACAAUUUCGACAAUACUGUGUUCUCCAACGGCACAUACAUUGGAUUCCUCGUUCUCACAGGUAUCGGUGUCCUCAUCCCCCUUCUCAUGGCGGACCCCCGCAAGAUGAUCCGCUCUGACGGGACGCGCGUCAUCACGCCCCGCCAUCCGUCAUGGCGGACGGAGUUCUACGGGCUGUGGUAUACGCUGCGCACCGACCCGUUCAUCAUCCUCCUCUUCCCGAUGUUCUUCGCGAGCAACUGGUUUUACACCUGGCAGUUCAGCGACUACAAUGGCGCGAUAUUCACCAUCCGCGCGAGGGCGCUGAACAACCUCGUAUACUGGCUCUCGCAGAUCGUGGGCUCCGUCAGCAUCGGCUUCUUGCUCGACCAGCGCGGCCUCUCUCGUCGAUUCCGUGCCUUCACAGGCUGGUGUGUGCUGUUUUUCAUGGUCUUCGUCGUCCACGUCUGGGGACUCUUCUACCAACGGGAGUACACGCGCGGCACUAUCAGCGACAAGAUCGACAUCCACGAGAAGCCCUACGUCAGCCGGCUAUGGUUUUACAUUUUUUGCGGCCUGCUGGACGCGAUGUGGCAGACGACGGCAUACUGGUUCAUGGGCGCGAUGUCAAAUGACCCCGCGAAGCUCGCGAACUUCUCUGGCUUCUACAAGUCGUUGCAGAGCGCAGGUGCCGCGGGCAUAUGGCGCGCGGACGCGGUGAAGCUCCCGUUCAUGAAUAUCUUCAUCUCUACAUGGGUCCUACUCGUCGCGGGACUCGUCUUCGCGCUCCCGAUGAUCCAUAUGCGGGUGAAGGACACGACCGAUGAGGUCGACGACACCUUGUGA